CAUUUACUUUUUCGAUAAAGACUCACUCCACUGUAAGGUUUUAUUCGUUCUAUAAAUUCAAUCUAAUAACUCGAAUUCGUUGUUCUAUUCUGAAAUCAACAACCCCAAAAUUCUAAGACCUAAUCUGAGAAGGUCUCUCUCAUCCAAACUAAAUCUGUUGCGUUUAAAGGGUUUGCUCUUCUUCAGGAUUUCGGCGAUUCAAUCUCACUCCGCAAUCAGGCGAACCAGUUGUUAUUCGUUUUUUGUUGUCGAUUUCAUCAUUGUUUGCUGCUGCUGCUUCUGAAAUCGUUCUAGGGUUAGGGCUUUGCUUCUGUGAAUCACGAGAUUGUGUUGUAUUUUAUUCGAUUGUAGUUUUAGGGUUUGAAUAUUACUAUUAUCAUCUUUUUCGGAUGUUAUGGUUUUUUCUUUUUGUAGGUCUGGGAUUCCAGCCAAUACUGUUAUAAUUGACAUUUAUUUUUAUUGUUUAUUUUUAUUUGAUUCAGAUUUGAUAUUAUUUUCAUAAAAAAAAAAAAAGAGAAAAAAACGAAGAGAGUGCCAUAAAAUAUUGUCUACAAAAAUUUGUUCCAUAACAAUAUCAUUCUGCAAAAAAGAAAAAGAAAUUAAAAAAAAAAGAGAAAAAAAUAACUUUGGGACAAUAUAUUCAUAAAUGGCGAACCCGGGAUUAAGCAACAGGAAUAACGGGCAGCGUUUAGGCAUUACAGAGCCCAUCUCAUUGGGUGGGCCAACAGAUUACGAUGUGAUGAAAACGAAGGAGCUUGAAAAGUAUUUGCAAGAUGCUGGAUUGUACGAGAGUCAGGAAGAGGCUGUUGGUAGGGAGGAGGUGCUUGGCAGACUAGACCAGAUUGUGAAAGUAUGGGUCAAAACGAUUAGUCGGGCUAAGGGUUUGAAUGAGCAACUGGUGCAAGAAGCCAAUGCAAAGAUUUUCACUUUCGGUUCCUAUCGACUGGGGGUGCAUGGCCCAGGUGCAGAUAUAGACACUCUCUGUGUUGGACCUAGACAUGCAACAAGAGAAGAGGAUUUUUUUGGUGAACUACAUAGAAUGUUAGCAGAGAUGCCUGAAGUUACAGAAUUGCACCCGGUGCCUGAUGCUCAUGUUCCAGUGCUGAAGUUUAAGUUUGGUGGGGUUUCCAUAGAUUUACUCUAUGCUAAACUGUCACUCUGGGUUAUUCCUGAAGACCUAGAUAUAUCACAGGAUUCAAUACUGCAGAAUGCAGAUGAACAGACAGUUCGCAGUCUGAAUGGAUGUAGGGUCACUGACCAGAUUCUGCGAUUAGUUCCAAAUAUUCAGAAUUUUCGCACAACUCUGAGAUGCAUGAGAUUGUGGGCAAAGUGUCGUGGUGUUUAUUCAAAUGUUGCAGGAUUUCUUGGAGGCAUCAAUUGGGCUUUGCUUGUUGCUCGGAUUUGCCAAUUGUAUCCUAAUGCAUUGCCCAACAUGUUAGUAUCUCGGUUCUUCAGAGUGUAUACUCAAUGGCGGUGGCCCAACCCAGUUAUGCUUUGCAUCAUAGAAGAAGGAUCCCUUGGGCUUCAAGUUUGGGAUCCUAGAAGAAAUCCAAAAGAUAGAUAUCAUCUAAUGCCAAUAAUUACUCCAGCAUAUCCUUCGAUGAAUUCUAGCUACAACGUCUCAUCAAGUACUUUACGAAUUAUGUCAGAAGAAUUUCAGAGGGGGAGUGAGAUCUGUGAGGCUAUGGAAUCAAACAAGGCAGAAUGGGAUACCCUUUUUGAGACAUUUCCCUUUUUCGAAGCGUAUAAAAAUUAUCUACAAAUAGACAUCAAUGCAGAAAAUGCUGAUGAUUUGAGAAAAUGGAAAGGUUGGGUUGAAUCUCGCCUACGUCAGCUAACAUUGAAGAUUGAGAGGCACACGUACAAUAUGCUGCAGUGUCACCCCCACCCUGGUGAUUUUUCAGAUAAAUCCAAACCUUUUCAUUGUAGCUACUUUAUGGGUUUGCAAAGAAAACAAGGAAUUUCUGCGAAUGAAGGUGGAACCUUUGAUAUAAGGGCAACUGUUGACGAGUUUAAACAGGCAGUGAACGUGUAUACUUUGUGGAAGCCCGGAAUGGAGAUCCGUGUAUGCCAUGUAAAAAAGAAAAACAUACCUAAUUUUGUGUUCCCUGGUGGAGUUCGUCCGGCCCGCCCAUCUAAGUUAACUUGGGAUAUGAGGCGGACUUUGGAACUAAAGGCUUCUGGACAUGCACAACCAGAUAAGUCAGAUGAGAAUAAAACAGUUUUAGAUGGAGCAGAUCAUGGUCGCAAAAGAAAGCAACCUGAUGAUAAUGUUGAAAAUAGCAUAAGAAAUGUAAAGUCUGUGGCCCCCUCCUGUGGGGAUGUUGACAUAAGCUCUCCCAUUAGUACUGUCAGUUCUUCAUCCAUAAAAUGCGAUAAUGUCGACACGAACAAGUUCGUUGAAUCACAAACUGAAAUAUCCGAGAAAAAUCUAGAAGACAACUGUAGAAAGAUAGAAAACCUAGCAAACGUCCCAUAUAAGAAUGGCGACAGUGAAGUAUCAUCAUCGAGCUGUCCGCCAACCCAAACUUCUCCAGAAGCUGUUGCUCAUGCAUCAAGUUUUACUGUAGCAGAGAAGAUGGAUAUUGAAAAAGUCAUGCCGGGUUCAUAUGCUCCUCAUCAAGCUGUGUUAGAAGAGCUGGAUGAGCUUGAGGAUGAUUUGGAACAUAGAAAUAAAGUGAAGUGCGAGAUGAAUGGCAAUCAAGUGGAGUCUUCUAGGCAAAAUGAGCCAGGCGUUUCGGUAACCUCCAUGUGUGGGACUGGUCCUUUUAAUGGUUCAUACUCUAAUGGUGGCUUAGAGGAGCUUGAGCCUGCUGAACUCGUGGUACCAUCAGUUUCAAAUGGAUGCUCUGCUUCUAUACCACAGCGGAAGCCAAUCAUAAGAAUGAGCUUCACUUCUUUGGCUAAAACUACCGGGAAAAGCUCGUGAAGAAGAGACAUGUUGACUUGAAAAUACACAAUGAUCUGUAUUAUAAGAAACACUUAUGUAGCAAGUUUUUAAUAUUAUUUACAUUUCUAGUAAUAAUUAUUAGCCAAUAGAUCGGAAGCUACUUUUUAUGUACAUGAGGGAUGGGAUUUUUACAGUAAAGGGAUAAAAGAAAAACCAGAGUUUCUUUUCUUCAUAAUAAUAACGUCGUUAUUUAUUUAUUGUGGAAUGAAAUAUGUCGUUGUUUAUUUGUA